GAGCGCCUCCCUUUCUUCAUUUCCUCAGUCCUCACUCCUCCUCCCGUCCUGCUCUCAGCGACAAGGAGACAAACGAGCCGACCCGACAGCCAGCCGGGAGAUGAAGCGCGCGAAGAUCCAUCCCCCUGCUAUGUGACAGCAUCAACUAAUAGGCAGACGUGGCGGCUGGAGCCAGAAUGAGCAGCGAGCUGCUAUUGGAGGAGACGCUCAUCAAGCGUUCCCAGCAGAAGAAACGGACAUCACCGUUAAACUACAAAGAACGGCUUUUUGUCCUCACUAAGAGCAGUCUGACGUACUACGAUGGGAGAGCUGAGAAGAAGUUCAAGAAGUACUCGAUUGAACUGAGUCGUAUUAAAUGUGUGGAAAUAGUCAAGAAUGGAGGUGAUCCGAUCCCGUGCCAGAACAAAUACCCGUUUCAGGUGGUGUACAAUAACAACAUCCUGUAUGUAUUCGCCCCAAACCAGACGAGCAGAAGUCACUGGGUUCUAAUGCUCAAAGAGGAAAUCAAAAAUAACUCAGUGCUGCCGAAGUUCCAUCCUCAGUUCUGGCAGGAGGGGGCGUGGCUCUGCUGUCGCCAGGAGGAAAAGCAGGCGCCGGGAUGCGAGGAGUACAACCUGUUUGGAGACACCACCAGGAAACCUUUACCACCCAUUCCUGACAACGAAGGAGAAUGUCGGCAUCCUCCUCCUCCCGUCCCAAGAGAUGUUGAGGAGGAAGAAGAAAAGGAGGAGGUGGUGGUGGCUAUGUACGACUUUUUUGCUGUGGAGGCUCAUGACUUGAGUCUGGUCAAAGGAGAGAAGUAUGUCAUCUUGGAGAAAUGUGACGUGAACUGGUACCGUGCUCAGAACAAGUACGGUGAGGAAGGCUACAUCCCAAGUAACUAUAUAACAGGAGAGAAAACCGGGAGCCUGAAGCAAAACGUAUGGUACAGGAAAAGUGUCAACAGGAACAACGCAGAGGAGCUGCUGAAGAAAGAGGACAAAGAAGGAGCUUUCAUCGUCAGAGACUCCAGCGUCAGCGGGAAGUACACCGUCUCCCUCUACUCCAAGACUGCCGCGGGGGAGAAAGGUUACAUCAUCAAACAUUAUCACAUAAAGGAGACGCAAGGUUCUCCCAGAAAGUUCUAUCUGUCGGAGCAGUUUCAGUUUGACUGCAUCCCCGAAGUUAUCGAGUACCACAAACACAACGCAGGAGGUCUGGUGACCAGGCUGAGAUACCCUGUUGGAAACCAAACCGAGUCAACACCGCCCACAGCCGGCUUCAGCUACGAGAUGUGGGAGAUCAGCCCGAUGGAGCUGACCUUCAUGAAGGAGCUGGGCAGCGGUCAGCACGGCGUGGUGAAGCUCGGCAAGUGGAGGGGUCAGCACAAGGUGGCCAUCAAGACCAUCAGGUGUGGAGCCAUGCGGGAGGAGGACUUCAUCGAGGAGGCCAAGAUCAUGAUGAAGCUGUCCCACCCUAAACUGGUGCAGCUGUACGGCGUCUGCAGCCAGCAGCAGCCCAUCUACAUCAUCACAGAGUUCAUGGAACAAGGCAGCCUGCUGAACUUCCUCCGGCAGCGGCGGGGAACCUUCAGCAUCCAGUCCUUGCUGAGUAUGUGCCUGGACAUCUGUGAGGGGAUGGAGUACCUUGAGGCCAAUGGCUUCAUCCACAGAGACCUGUCUGCCAGGAACUGUCUGGUGAACGACUCGCUGGUUAUAAAGGUGUCCGAUUUCGGCAUGACCAGAUACGUGCUAGACGACCAGUACACCAGCUCAUCUGGCACCAUGUUUCCUGUGAAGUGGUCGCCUCCCGAAGUCUUCGAGUACUGUAAAUACAGCAGCAAGUCGGACGUCUGGUCGUACGGUGUGGUCAUGUGGGAGGUGUUCACUGAAGGUCGGUUGCCGUUUGGACAAAGUUCGAAUCGUGAGGUUGUUGAGUUGGUGAGAGGAGGUCAACGACCCUACUGGCCUAUACUGGCUACCCGUGACCUGUAUGACAUCAUGAUGCUCUGUUGGCAUGAGAAACCCGAGGGGCGUCCCACCUUCUCCCAGCUUUGUGUGAAGCUGUUUAAUCUGUUGGAAGGUGACAGUUCCUCUGCAUCCUGAUGGAUAAAACUCACAUUAUGCUGCUCUCACUGACUGUCAUAGACUAAUGGAAGGACUGAGACCUGCAGUAACUCGAUGCAUCUGGAGCUGACGUCGCCCACUGAUCAAAUCAGCAUCGUUUGCAGGACUGAAGCUGAAUGUUUGAGGAGAAAUGACUUUUGGACUAACUCAGGAAGUCAGACUCUGCUAAUCUGACCAACAGAUUUUAAAUUACAGUAAAAAAAAUCUGAGAAAAUGUUUUUAUGAAGCUAUUUUCUUUUGUCUGAUUUGAUAUUUUUAUGGAACUGGUUGAAAAAUCUUCUCAUGCCUGGUCUGAUUUAGGCAGAACGUACAUCAGUUUUCAUCACACUCACCCUUGCUCCAGGUUCCUGACUGGGACCAGGAAACGGGACGACAUCAGUCCAGUUCUGGCCUCCCUGCACUGGCUUCCGGUUUGCUAUCGCUCACAAUUCAAAAUACUUGUCUUUGUUUAUCAUUUCUUCCAGGGUGGUGCUCCCCCCUAUCUGGCCACUCUCCUGAACAGACAUUCCCCAUCACGUGCUCUGCGCUCCUCUGACCAAGGCCUGCUCGCUGUCCCUCGGUCUAGGUGUCGUACCCGUGGGGACCGGGCUUUCUCAGUCCUAGCACCGUUACUCUGGAACCAGUUGCCUCCCUCAGUAAAGCCUGAUUUAUGCUUCUCCGUCUGUGUCAAUGCGGAGACACGCAACGCCAUUAUCCGUCCUUGCGUAGGGCUCCGGCAGGCACGCAAGUACGUACGGAGUCGAGCCCACUUUUUCAAACAUCCGUCGAACGAGACGGAUUACGCAAGCUUGUGAUUGGUCAGGACGCCGCUGUUGUUUACGGCGCCGCCAUUGCACCCUCAAAAACAUAAAGAGAGCCGAGGAUAACUAGCGGCAGACACGGAGAAGCUUGACGAAUACCUCACGAAAAAACUCUAAAAAUGUGAACGUUUAAUUCUCCCGUGAUUGGAGGAGUGAAAAGAUGUGCAGCAAGCGUUUUAUUUGUGGACGGAAAUGACAGGAAACGUGGGUUUAGAGGUGGGGAGCGCAUGAAGCGGUGGGAGAAUGAGAGACAAAUAUGUCCAUGUUAAAAGUCUCUUAUAUACACAAAAAACACAAUAUAAACACACUAUCUUGGACCGAUACAUGACAGGAUACCACAGAACAGCUCUCCGCCCUCUGCUGUCCUGCCGGGCAAUUGCUUUGCAACACUCUCCAGGAGACGGAGAAGUAUGAGAGCAAAACGCUUCCGUCAAUCCGUGCGUGUCUGUCCCUUGCGGAGCUGACGGAGAAGCAUAAACCAGGCUUCAGGCUGUCCCCUUCUCUGCCAGUCUUUAAGAAUCACCUAAAAACACACCUCCUCCGCUUGGCGUUUCCAGAACAUGUUUGAUUUUGGCCCUCUUUUAUGUUGAAUCCAUUCCACAGUUUUCAUUGGUACACUCAAUCCAUCCACUCAAUCCAAAUGUGUUUCACACAUUUGUAUUUUACCGGAAUGUUUCAUCUAUCUUGUAAUUUCCAUUUUGUACUUUGUAAUUUGUAUUUUGUAAUUUGAAUUUCUUUUAUUGUUGAUUUAUUCAAUAUAUUUACUUAACUGUACCAUGUUCAGCACUUUGGGCUUCCUGACAGGGUUGCGGAAGGCGCUUUAUAAAUAAAGCUUUGAUUGAUUGAUUGAUUGAUUGAUUGAUUGAUUGCUCGGGUAACUGAUCGUUUACUUUCUUUUGUUGUGAAAAUCUAAAAGAGAAAGAAAUUCCACAACUUUUGACCUUACAACUGCAUUUACAAUAUGAACCUGAUGAAAAAAACUAAAUCAUGAAGGAAGUUCAGGCUGAAGUGAACUUCCCCAAACCAACAACCUUCAGUCCCUUGGCUGUGUCUUGGUGGAGUCUAUCGCUGGAAAUGAGUUCAAUCAGAUUUUUAUUCCAGUAAUCAGUGCAUCCGAUGUCUUUGAGUGGAGAUGUGGGACCCCAUAGUGCUCCAACAGGAGGGUCAGGUCCUUGUUUUGGUUAAAGCCCAGACCUUAAAUAAGUGAGCUUCUAUCUGCACAGCUGGUCUUUUAAAAUAAAUGUAAAUAAUAAGUAUAGUUUUUGAUUUAAUCCUAAUAAACUACAGCUGAGAAGUUGUUGUAGAGUUUUACUUCCCUGGAGUCGGUUUUUUCCAGCAGAUAAAAGUCUGACACCAACUGUGACUUUCAUGGAAAUGCCUGACCUUGCAAAAGUGAAUGAAUGUGAACUCUUCAUGAGGACAUGGAAACAGCUGAAGAUGCACCUUUUUGGCGAAGUUCCUUCAUUAUUUAAGGAAGCCGUUCCUUCAGCUGCCUCAACACGCAGGUCCAGCCUUGGAAAACGUGGUGAGUUUUUUUUUCUCCUGAAACGUCAGUUUAAUCUACAAAAUUAUAAAAACUUUAACGUUUUCUCUAUCGUCUUUUUCAGAAAGCUCUUCAGUUUAUUGCAGCAAAUAUCUGAUUUAAAAUGUCAGCCAUCCCAGUUUUAACAUCUCAGACGAAUGUCAUGGAAAAUUGUCUUUUUUUUUUCUUGUAAAUGUGUGAAAAAUGUAAUACCGUAAAUCCUUUAAUAUUGGCCUGUAUUCCAUUACCGGCCAGGUCCUACAUUAGCUGGUCUCGCUGUCAGAGGGGGUAAAUAAAGGCCGGUCUCUAAUAGUGGCCGGCCUUUUUGGGUUAGGCUUGAACAAUGUGACUGGUAGAAAAUAGUUUCUUAAUAAAAUAAAAGUCUGUAAAUGUCAGAGGUCACUAAAGCCCACUGGAGAGUAGAUGCAAAUCUGCAGCAUGCAAGGACCUUGUUUGGGGGGGGGAUUAAUUUUAGUUGUCACCAUUUUCACAGCCUCUGAGUUCGCAGGAAUGAACGAUAGAUGCACGCAAAUUAAUAAAAUGAUGUUUUGUUCUUCUAUGCCAGCUGUUUGCUUGCUACAGCGUUGCUGUCCCAGAUGUGACGUAACCCGCCAAUUGCAGUAUUUGCAGUUUUUAAAGAGCAC